AUGCUGCGAUCGAUUCUUGUACGAAACCAAGUAUUAAACGAAACUUUAAAAAAAGCAGUUCGAACAAAUAUCACGAGAUGUAUCAGUGCAGAAUUGUCUAAAAGGAAAUUUUCGAACAAAAUUUGUAGUCCAGAUAUAAAUAUAUGUACUUUGCCACAAUGGAACCUUAUUCAGAAGAGAUGUUACGCAGAUUUACCAAGUCACCACAAGGUCAUAUUGCCAGCUCUAUCACCUACUAUGGAGAAUGGUUCUAUUCUAAAUUGGGCCAAGAAGGAGGGUGACAAACUCUCUGAAGGGGAUCUACUUUGCGAGAUUGAAACUGACAAGGCCACAAUGGGAUUUGAAACUCCAGAAGAGGGGUAUUUGGCUAAGAUCGUGAUUCCAGCUGGUACAAAGGGUGUACCAGUUGGCAAAUUGCUUUGCAUCAUUGUAGAAAGUGCGGACGCAGUAGCUGCUUUCAAAGACUUCAAAGACGAUUCUCCAGCGCCGGCUCCGAAACCCAAAGCGGCAGCGGCUGCUCCCGCGGCGGCCCCGGCACCGGCCGCUCCGGCACCCGCCGCCCCGGCGCCGCCCCCCCCUCCGGCCCCAGCUGCGGCCCCAGCAGCAGCGCCUGCAGCUCCAGCUGGCGGUAGGGUGUAUGCCAGCCCAUUCGCUAGGAGACUUGCAGAAAUCAAAAACAUACGGCUCGGAGGCCCAGGAUCGGGGUUGUACGGAUCGGUGAAGAGUGGCGACUUGGCAGGUAUGGCGGCGGCCCCGGCGGGCGGCGCGGCGGCGGGCGGCGAGGCGGCGGCGGCGGCGGCGGCGGCGCCCGCGCCCGGCGCCAGCUUCGUCGACAUUCCGCUCUCCGGCAUGCGCUCCACUAUCGCCAAGAGACUGUCGGCCUCCAAGCAGACCGUCCCUCACUACCAACUGAGCGUCACCGUCAACGUCGAAAAGACUCUAGCGAUGAGGAAGAAGCUCAAUGAGAAAUUGGCUAGCGAAAAGUCUGACUUAAAGAUAUCAUUGAACGACUUCAUCAUUAAAGCCGUAGCUGCCGCUUGUAAACGAGUACCCGCUGCUAAUUCCUAUUGGAUGGAAACUUAUAUUAGACAGUUCAGUAAUGUAGAUGUAUCUGUAGCAGUAGCGACGCCAACGGGUCUAAUAACUCCGAUCUUGUUUAACGCCGACUCGCGUGGUAUGCUUGACUUGUCGAAGAACAUGAAGCAACUUGGUGCUAAAGCGCGUGAAGGCAAACUACAACCUCAAGAAUAUCAGGGAGGCACCAUCACAGUGUCAAAUCUUGGCAUGUAUGGUAUUACAAUGUUCAACGCUAUUAUCAAUCCUCCACAGUCACUAAUAGUGGCGUGUGGUGGAUUACAACAACAACUUAUUGCUGACAAAAAUGAAGCUCAAGGCUUUCGAUUGGCGAAUUUCGUGACGUUUACCGCUUCAGCGGACCACAGGGUGAUCGACGGUGCGGUGGGAGCACAAUGGAUAAAGGCCCUCAAGGAGAACCUCGAAGACCCAGCAAACAUAAUUCUCUGA